UCACACACACACACACACGCUCUCGCGCAGAGUUUCUCCAAACAGAAAGUGAACAGGAUCAUUUCACGCUGCCGGAGCAACAGCACUCGGACAGAGCCUGGAGAAAUCUCAUUAUCUGAGCUUUGAGCAAUGCGCUGGCAGCAUGGCCAGAUGGUUCAAGGAGCACCUGGGUUUCAAAACCACCAAAGCCCCGCCACCCGCGCCUCCGAAACCGGACUACCGACACUUCCACACCGCCGUCUCCAGUCCUCCAGCCUUCCACCUCCAGCAGCAGCCGGGCACCGGGUUAAUGUCCGCUCAGCCCGACAUCCUCACCGCAUACAAACUCCAGAAGGAGCUGGACUUCGAGGAUCCGUACACGCCGGGGGGAAACGUGCCCUUCUCCACCGGACUGAGUUCCGCGGGCUCGCCGGACAUCAAGUACGUGUCUCCGAAGCACCGGCUCAUAAAGGUGGAGACGGUCGAGCGGAGCGGCUCGAGUUCGGGCAGCAGUAGCGGGGUGACCGCGGUCAAAACCCCCAGCUCUCCACCCGCGGAGCCCGAGAACAGCAACGGCAAGCAGGAGAAGCUCAUCAUCCUAGAGGACUACGCCGACCCCUUUGACGCAGCGGACCAGGCGGGCGGCACGCAGACGGUCACGGAAAAGCCAGCGGAGAACGACGGCUACAUGGAGCCUUACGAAGCUCAGAAGAUGAUGGCUGAAAUUCGAGGUGGUCGUGCUCCUAAAGACGGUCCGGUUCGGCAGCUACCUCUAUACGACACUCCGUACGAGCCGGAGGAGAACGGAGGAGAUCCGGACGGAUCUGGCCUGUGUUCCCGCGAGAGCAGAUUACCGCAGGACGACGAGAGGCCGCCGGAGGAGUACGAUCAGCCCUGGGAGUGGAAGAAAGACCGCAUAUCUAAAGCCUUCGCAGUAGAGAUUAAAGUCAUAAAGGAUCUGCCGUGGCCUCCUCCGGUUGGGCAGCUCAACACCAGUCCUCCUAUAAUGGAGGCGGUGGAGGCUCCGUCCUCUCCAGGACUCAACGCCACAGCGUCAGCCUGUGACCAGCACCAGCACGUGCAGUUUGACGGUGUGGAAAAAUCCCGGAUGUCUCCCACUAAAGAUCUGAAGUCUCGCCCGCUUCAGCGACACUCCAGCGGCUGCCUGGUCAACACUAAGAUGAGCUCUCUGGACCCGAGCGGCCCGAGCGUGGGCGAGCGCAUCGACCCCUCCAUGCCUCUGGAGAGCCAGUUCUGGUAUCACGGAGCGAUUAGCCGGACUGACGCCGAGUCUCUGCUGAGGUUGUGUAAAGAGGCCAGUUAUCUGGUGAGAAACAGUGAGACCAGUAAGAACGACUUCUCCCUCUCGCUCAAGAGCAGUCAGGGUUUCAUGCAUAUGAAGCUGUCCCGGACCAAAGACAAUAAGUACAUACUGGGUCAGAACAGCUGCCUGUUCGACAGCGUUCCCGAGAUCAUCCACUUCUACUCCAGUCGCAAACUGCCCAUCAAAGGAGCCGAGCACAUGUCCCUGCUCUACCCCGUGGCCAUACGGACACUAUAGUGGCAGGGCAGAUGAAGCAGACGUUGAUAAACGCUGCAGAUGAGGGUGUUUAUUCAGCGUUUACAAGACCAUCGAGGAACUGAAGUGCUACUGAGAUCCCAAAGGCAAAAAGGGAGAUUCCUCGGCCGUACAGAGGAAAACAGCGUUACGUACUCGGAAAUGCCUUCUUUGUGAUUCCAGACCUGUUUUUGCUCCCAUAAGAGGAUCUUUAGUCUUAGACCUGCACCCACACUUUAUGAAUCGGCAUCAUCCUCCGCUGUACAGAAACUUUAACUCCGUCGCUCUGACUUUCACAUUUGGAUGUUUAUCACACCCGUUCACAAAACACAAGAGUCAUCGGCUUUCUGGAGCAUUGAAACGUCACCAUUCCUAUAACUGGAAGUGAACAAUAUGGAAACUUGUUCCGCCACUAAAUAAAAAAAUAAAAAAGGUAAUUCUGACUUUAUAUCACAAUUCUGACUUUAUAACUAGUAAUUCUGACUUUAAAUCACAAUUCUGACUUUAUAUCUCACAAUUCUGA